UCAAAAUUUUAUCUUCAACAUGAAAACUUCAAAUAAGGAACACUUUUUUCUUUAAAUUACAAUUCUUUUUAAAAACCUUUUAAAAACCAGAAAUUGAAGAAAAUUGUGAGUUAAUGCCACGAAUACGUAGAGGCAAUUUUCGGAUCAACGAACCGGAGGUCUACGGCCUCCCACCGGAUCCCGAUAUCAGCCAUGCAGCGCGGAUCUACGGACUAAGUGCGAUCCUGGCCGUCAUCGCCCUGACCCAGUGGAUCAUUAUUGCGUUGUCCGCAAUGCCGAUCCAGGACAGAUCCGAGGUGCGCUACGGAUGGUGGCUCCUGUGCACCUUUUUCGCGAUCUCCACUUUGGCCUGGACCAAAAUCGGACGCAAGGUGCCGUUCAACUACAUCAUUAUCGCAGCCAUCGUGGAGAGCUCGACCAUUUACAUAGCCAUGGAACAGAUGCACAGUGCUAAUAUUUUUGUUAAUGUCUACGCCGCCGUCGUGGUGGUUUCCCUGAUGCUGGCCAGCAUAUUUUGGGGCGCCUACUUUCCCAUGUUCAUUGUGCCCGGCGACCUGGUCCUCAGCAUUUUGACGGCCAUAUCCAAUAUAAUGAUGCUUAUAUUCUUCAUCAACGCCUUCUUCUUCGACUACUAUGGAAUAUACUAUGCGGUUCGAAACACUUUCGCCUUGGUGGCCAUUUGCACGGUGAUGUAUACCGCAACUGUAAUUCACGAUCGCCAGUUCGAUGUCCCGAAGAACGAGUAUCUGUUCCUCAGUGUCCUGCAGUUCUUCUCCUACAUGAUCCUGCAUGAACGUAUCCUGGCCAUCGCCUAUCAAAGUACUCGCACUCUGGAAUGUUGAUUCCCUUUGGCAAUCUAUAUUUGAGGAUUCAAAACUAUUGAUAAUAAAGGAAAUAGACACCCACAAA